GGUCGAGUUUUCUCAAUGUGUUUGUAAAGCUUGUGUUUUUCUAGUCAUUAUUUUAUUUUUGUGGUAGUUAUGUUGCAUAGUCGUCAUUACCCAGUUGCUGACUUGCUACCUUCUCCCAUUUUUUAUAAUAUAUUCACCUUGUAUUUACCUUGUACAAUAUAGCAAGCGCAAGUCAAGCUAAUAAUGACAAAACGACAAGCUUUUCGAGGACGCCGUGUUAUAUCCAGCGAACGCUAUGCUCAUGAAAACGAAGUAUACAAACGCAUUUGGCGGAUCAAUGAAGCCAUUCGGAGUGACGAUGUCGAAACUCUUCGAAGCAUAGGCAGAGACGGUGGCGGCUUUAUAAACAACAGCCUGCGAAGGCGAGUUUGGCCAGUUCUAUUACAGUGUAAUAUUUCAGACGACUUAGUGAAAACUGAAGAUGACGAACACGAAGAACACGUAGAUGAAAAGCAGGUGCAACUGGAUGUCGAUAGAUCGCUUAACGCAUAUCCACAAGGUCUUGAUGAAACCAGUAAAAAGGAAAAGCAGGAUGAACUCAAUGAACUGAUUGUUGAAGUGUUACGACGGAACAAGUCGUUACAUUAUUACCAGGGGUUCCACGAUAUAUGCACCGUGUUUUUGCUAAUCUUUGGCAAGAAGGCUGCUGUUGAUCUCGUGGAGCAAGUGACGCUCUUUUUCCUAAGAGAUGCGAUGUUAGAUUCUAUGGAUCCGAUAUUACGUCAAGUAACGUUACUUGACACGCUUUAUCAACAUGAAGACCAGCAAAUAUCAAGUUUUUUACAAGAAGCGAAUGUGUUACCAUAUUACUGCCUUAGUUGGGUCAUCACUUGGUGCAGCCACGAUAUCGACGACUUUUCAGUCAUUCCAAGGUUAUUUGAUCUAUUUUUAAGCUCUAAUCCGCUCAUGCCCGUCUACUUCGCAGCUGCAAUUGUGCUGUCUCAUAAGGAAGAGCUGUUGCAACAGGAAUGCGAAAAUUCAGCAAUACACACUUUUCUCUCCAAACUGCCGCAGAAGCCCUUAGAUGUCGAAGCGUUGAUUGCAAAGGCAACCCAGCUAGAAGAGUCUUACCCUCCCAUCCAGCUCCAAAGGAAGGCACAUAUUGGUUUGGAUGAAACAUCCAGCGUGAACACGUGGGGCGACGAGAAGCCUGUGGCUGAAGCAAGAGAUCAAGCUCGCAAAAUAUUAAGAAUGGAACCGUCUGAAAGACGACCCCUGGCUGUCGCUCCUAUGAAUUCUAGACAAGAGCAAAGGAUGCGACAGAUGAUAGCGAUUGUAGCAGCUGUCGGUAUAGGCGUUGCGGCGGCAGCGCUCGCUUCGGCAAGAUACGUUUAAGCCAUUUCAGCCAUAUAUGAUUUAAUAGUCGUCCCCCCUUUUUAUAUGUGGCCCAAACAUGGUUGUUUUUGACUUUAAGAGAUACCAGCUUUGGAGCGUGUAAUAAACCAAUAUCUUUUUGAAAAGU